AUGGCAGAGAAAAGCAGGAUUUUAAUCAUCGGAGGGACUGGUUAUAUCGGAAAAUUCAUCGUGGAGGCGAGCGCAAAAGCCGGGCACCCAACUUUUGUACUAGUUAGAGAGAGCACAGUAUCAAAUCCUGACAAGUCAAAAAUCCUAGAGAGCUUCAAGACCUCUGGUGCUAAAUUGAUCUAUGGGGAGAUCUAUAAUCAUGAGAGUUUGGUUGGUGCAAUCAAACAAGUUGAUGUAGUGAUCUCCGCAGUAGGAACGUCACAGUCCUCCGAUCAAGAUAAAAUCAUAGCCGCCAUUAAAGAGGCCGGAAAUUUUCUAACAGUAAAAUAUGGUGAGUUUCAGAGAUUCCUACCUUCAGAAUUUGGGGGAGAUGUGGACCGUAUCCAUGCAGUUGAGCCAGCCGCAAGCGUGUUUCGGGUCAAGGCCCAGAUCCGGGGGAGUAUUGAGGCCCAAGGGAUUCCUUAUACUUAUGUGGUAUCCAAUGGCUUUGCUGGCUACUGUCUUCCUACAAUGGGACAAUUACAUUUGAAUGCAACCAGUCCUCCUACAGAUAAAGUAGUCAUUAUUGGAGAUGGAAAUCCCAAAGCAAUUUUUGUCAAGGAAGAAGACAUAGCCACAUACACCAUCAAAGCUGUAGACGACCCAAGAACCAUGAAUAAGAUCCUUUACAUGAUACCCCCUGCAAACACAUUGUCCUUCAAUGAGAUGGUUUCCCUUUGGGAGAACAAGAUUGGCAAGACCCUUGAGAAGACAUACAUCCUAGAGAAUCAACUACUCAAGAACAUCCAAGAGGCUCCAGCGAACUUCCUUUUGUCAAUCUUCCAUUUUAUUUUCGUAAAAGGAGAUGCUACAACCUUUGAGAUUGAAGCUUCUUUUGGUGUAGAGGCUACUGAGCUCUAUCCAGAUGUGAAAUACACCACUGCGGAUGAAUACCUCAAUCAGUUCAUCUAA